AUGUGGACGGACCAGGACUCAGACAGCAGAUCGAGCUCUCCAAGAACUUCCUUGGUGUCAAAUGUGGAAGUCAUGUCUGCAACACCUAAUGAGUUUGAUUACUUGACAGAGUGUAUCCUGCAAGAAAGCGAGAUAUGGAUGUGCUGGCUUCGAGAAGGAAAAGGCAUGCCAUCACAGGUUCUCUGGGAAGCCUUGCUGGUGGAGCUCUGCCGACUCGGGAAGAGCAGCCAAGCCGAAAGUUUUCUCAGAGCCGGCGCAGAGUUCGGCUGUACAGCCGAUUGGAAUCGACUGGCAGAGCACUGUGGAGCUGGGCCUGGGAUCCAUUCGUUUCCAGCACAGAGCCUGCCCAGCUUUGCUACAGUUGUGAAGCCAGGCAUGCAACCUCUUCUGCAUGCUUCAGAGACGCUGCCUCUAACUGGUGGUGCAAAAGCAGAAGAGACACACUCAAAGGGCAAACAGGUCUUGGAAUUAGACAUGCUCCUUCCUCAUGAGACCAGCACCUCGCUGCGGCCAAGCAUUCAUGUCACGUUGGAUUAUGCGGAUCGGCCUUGCUUAUCCGAAUCGCCCAUCCAAGGAUGCAGGUGCUUUGAGACAUGCCCCCCCAGGGCUGUUGGGCGGCUGCCUUUGCAUGCUUCCAGUUCUCUGCACGACCAGGCGUUGCUUCUGCAGGAUGUCGGACGGGCAGGGUACAUUCAAAAGCGUAUCCACCGCAAACUGCACGACCAAAUGCACGGUCUUUGCGAUUGUGAGCUUUUGAAGCUGGGAGACCUGUGCUUUAGCAAGCAAUUUGCGGAAGUCGAGAGGCUCAGAGGGCGGGCAUCUACAUAA